CUUCAUUAUUAUAUAUUCACCACAUGAUUCGACGCUUGACUAUUUUAUAUGGCUCAGAAACUGGUUGUGCUUUGGAUGUAGCUGAAACUCUUAGUAGGCAAGCAAGACGAAGACGUUUCAAAGUUAGAGUUAUCGCUAUGGAUGACUAUGAUAGGUCUCAAUUAGUAGAAGAAAAAUUAUUACUCUUCGUAUGCUCAACAACUGGACAAGGAGAAGAACCUGCGAACAUGAAGAAAUUCUGGCGUUUCCUUUUGAAGAAAAGCUUAUCUCAUACUCUUUUGAAAGACAUUGAUUGUGCUGUUUUUGGCUUGGGUGAUUCUUCAUAUCGCAAAUUCAAUUAUCCUGCAAAGAAACUUUAUAGACGCUUAGAGCAACUAGGUGCAAAUAUGAUACAAUCAAGAGGUGAUGGUGAUGAUCAACAUUACCAAGGAUUGGAUGGGGCACUUCUUCCUUGGAUGGAUGGGUUAUGGAAGAACGUGAUGACCAAAUACCCUUUACCUGAUACAAUGAAAUGUAUCCCAGAUGAUGAACUGCUCUCUCCAAGUUUUCGAAUGUCUUUUAUAGAUCAAGUAUCAGAUCCAACAUUAUUACAAGAAUCUUCCAAUAUUCCAGGUGAAUUUGAUAUGGAACUGCUUGAUAAUAAACGUAUCACAGCUGCUGAUCAUUUUCAAGAUGUUAGACAUAUUGCUUUAUACAACAGUUCUCCAGAAUUCAAAUACGAUCCAGGGGAUAUUGCGGUCAUCACUCCUCAAAACCUUCCUGAAGAUGUGGAUACCUUUUUGAAACAAAUGAAAUGGACAGAUUUGGCCGAUAAAUACAUUCAAUUUGAAGCAACCGAUGAAGAUAAGCACUUACCUCAUCAAUGGCCAAAAGUGAUUACAUUCCGUGAUCUUUUUACCAAACAUUUGGAUAUCUUUGGUGUUCCUCGGCGAUCCUUCUUUGAAAUGCUCUCUUAUUUUACAACAAAUCAAGAUCACGUUGAACGUCUACGUGAAUUCAUAUCACCAGAAGGACAGGAUGAUAUGUGGGCCUAUUGUCAACGACCUAGACGGACUAUUGCUGAAAUUCUGUAUGACUUUACACCAUUGAAUUUACCCUUUGAUUAUAUAUUGGAUUUGUUUCCUCCUUUACAACCACGAUCAUUUUCAAUUGCGUCCAGUCUCAAGGCCCAUCCUCACACUAUGGAACUUUGUAUUGGUAUUGUCAAGUACAAAACAAUUUUGAAAAAGAUUCGACGUGGCAUAUUAACCAAAUGGAUAUCAACAUUGGAACCUGGUCAGGUUAUCAAGCGGGUACGCAUUGUUAGAGGUACUAUGAAUUUGCCACCUUCUGAACUGCCUUUACUGGCUAUUGGUCCUGGCACUGGUGUAGCACCAAUGCGAUCCUUUUUAGAAGAACGGAUAUCUGAAAAUGCAUACAAUAAUGUAUUAUUCUUUGGUUGUCGAUACAAGGACAAGGAUUAUCAUUACAAAGAAGAAUGGGAACGUUAUGCAAAGGAUGGAAAGCUUCAAAUAUUUCCUGCAUUUUCAAGAGAUCAGGAAACCAAAGUAUAUGUUCAAGAUCUAAUACUUCAACAAUCGAGCUUGGUAUGGAAUAUGAUUGAAGAACAACAGUGCAAAGUAGUACUCUCUGGAUCAUCAGGAAAAAUGCCAGAUCAAGUUGCUUAUGCAUUGAAAAGGGUUUUUAUGGAAGAAGGCGGACUGGAUGCAGAACAAGCUGAAGAAUACUUUGCUCAUAUGAACAAAACUGGUCAAUACCAAGAAGAAUGCUGGACAUGAAUAAUGUGAAUAUAGAUUAGAAUAUAGACAGUUCAUUACAUAUAUAUAAUUGAUACGUUUUCCAGCCAGUCAAUAAAAAAAAAAGUUAAUAUUUAUUUAAAAGAGAA